CGAAACUGUUGUUGAUGCUGUAUUCUUCCACAUUCCCAAACUUCACUCUUCAAGAUGACAACAGAUUUCUGGGGAGAUACAAAGGGGUUUCUGGACGACCUUGACGAAUUUGAACAAGGCAAAGAAGACCUAGAUGAUGGGGCUAAUUGGAGCUCUGGUCGUGAUGGUGUUAUUAUGCUUAUUGAUGCCACAAGGCCAAUGUUCGUGAAAAACAAAGAUGGGGAAAGUCCAUUCUAUAUGUGCCUGAAGUGUGCAAGGAACACACUCAUGGGAAAGGCGAUCAGCAGUGAUAGAGAUCUUGUGGCAGUUGUAUUUUUUGGGACUGAGAAAACAAUGAACGACAAUGAUUUCAAACACAUAUACCUUGUCCAGCGACUGGAUACACCUGAUGCUGAAAGAAUCAAGGAGCUUGAAGCACUGAUGGAAGAUACUGAGCAAGGUGAAUUUGAGAAUUCUCUAGGACACAGCCAGCAAUUUUCGAUGUCUGACGUCCUCUGGGCGUGUUCCAAUAUUUUUGCCAGCUGUACGAUGAAGAUGGCUAACCGACGAGUAUUGCUAUUCACCAAUACAGACGAUCCUCAUGAACUAAACUUGGAUCUAAAGAGAAGAGCUUUGAAGAAAGCAAAGGAUCUAUGCGAUCUUGGAAUUUUUAUCGAUUUGAUGCACAUUCAAAAGCCUGAUUCCAAGUUUGAUGUUCAGAAGUUUUAUAAGGAUGUCGUUUUUUGUGACGAAGAUGAGGAUUUGGAAAUUCUUGCUGAUCCAUCUGAAAAAUUCGACGAACUUUUAACAAGAGUGCAAGGAAAAGAGUACAAGAAGAGAGCCAUAUCAAGACUGCCAUUUAAGAUAUCGAAAGAUCUCGAGUUUGGUGUUGGAGUGUACGCUCUCGCUAGGAAAGCGCGAAAGCCAAAUUACGUGAAGGUGGACAGCAGAAGCAACGAAGAACUGUCCACGGUUACGAAAAGAAUAUGCGCGGACACUGGGCAGGAGCUUAUGCCCACCGACAUCAAGUAUGCCAGAAAAUUUGGAGGUGAAAAAGUACUUUUUGAGAAAAAUGAAGUUGAGGAAAUGAAAACAUUUGGAGAGCCAGGUCUUCAUUUGUUGGGAUUCAAAUCAAAAGAUCUGAUGAAACCCUAUUACUAUGUCAAACCUGGUCAGUUUAUUUUCCCUGAUGAGAAGGUUAUAUCUGGUAGCAAAUUGAUUUUCACCGCGCUGCUGAAAAGAUGCCUGGCAAAGAAUGUUGUUGCAAUUUGUUCUUACAUCGGUCAAAACCACAGGGUGCCGAGGCUUGUUGCAUUAUCUCCACAGAAAGAAGAGUACGAUGAACAUGGUUAUCAGUCAAAGCCCUCGGGAUUCAACUUGAUAUUCCUUCCAUAUGUUGACGACAUUCGCAAGCUCAGUGUCGAAGAGGCCCCCAAAGCGACACACGAACAGAUUGACAAAGCGAAGGAAAUGAUCAACAACUUGAAGUUCAAAUUUAGCAGUGAAAAUUUUGAAAACCCACAUCUUCAACAUUUUUUAAGAACAUUAGAAGCAAUUGCUUUAGAUCGAGAUGAUGUUGAGCCUGUCCAUGAUACCACAAUGCCUGACGUAGAGGUUAUGGAGAAGAGGGCUGGAAAGAUCAUCAAUGAGUUCAAGAAUAUGGUGUUUCCGGAAGGUUAUGAUCCAACGGCGGGAGCGAAACCGGCUAAGGUAGCAAAGGUCGAAGUGAGUGAUGCUGAAAUCGAGGAGAAAGCCAAGAAAAAUCAAUUAAACAAAUUGACUGUUCCAGUUUUGAAAGAAUUCUGCCAGUCGAAAGAAAUAAAACCUGCGUCGUCAAAGAAAGCUGACCUUAUUGAAGCCAUUACGAAGCACCUGCAAUAGUCAUGAUGAUGAUGAUACCCCCAUCCAAUGGCUUCGUGUCAGCAACUUUAAAAGCUCUCUUGUUCAAAGCCAGACUUCUGAAAGCCAGCUACAGCAAUAAAAAAGUGCCGCAGACAGUCAAGAUUAUAUCCAGAUCAAUAAAUAGGGAUGCCUUUCUAUAGACGAUUUCAAACCCUUUGUAUAUUUGAUGUAUGGCUUGCAACGUAUUUGCUAUAUGUGGUAA